AGAAAAUAUGAAAGGAUUACUUUGUCUUGUUUUCAUCUCUCUUGCUAGAACUUCACAACAGGGUCAACUUCUGAGAUUGAUGCCAGAUGUGGAUGAAGCUGAAGUUAAGGAAUGUAGAAAAGAGACAAUAUCAAGCUGCACGGUUGUUAUGAUCAAUACAACAGUGUUUGAAGAUGGUGAACUCAUUUUUCCAAAUGGUGAAGUUUUUACCAAAUCUGGAAUCCUUCAGGAACCAAAAACCAGGCCUGGUAUUCUUGAUCAAGCCCUUUCCAUUGUAUAUGAAAACAAUGAUGAAUCAGAAGCAAUCUUCAGUAUUAGGUCAGGUAUGGUUUAUGGAAGUCUUGACGGAAGAAACAUUAUUCAGCCCUGUUCUCUUUUUGCGGGAUGUCAUCUGUACAGAGGAUAUGAGGAGAAAGAAGAUGAGAAAGAUAGAGAUUGUAUAAAUGAAAGCGUUGAGCAGAAUCUGAUAGACAGGACUAUAGUGUAUUCUGCUAACCAAUACAAACUACGUGAAAAGGGUAUUCUUGAUAACACUACGAUGGUAGAAUUCUCGGUCAAAUUCUAUUAUACUCAAGCAUUUGGAAGAGAAGUGGAAGAGAAAGAACUUUUCUUCGACAAUGCGGUCGCUGAAGCCAACAAGGCAUAUCAGAACAGCAAGAUUCCACUCAGGAUGACAAUCUUUUGCAUUGAACCCAUCGAUAUCAAAGAUGAGAACUCUUUGAGUGCCAUACAUGACGAAUUCACGAAUUUCUACAAGUCUGGCAGCAACAAGAAAGAUUUUGCAACACUACGAGGAGGGGCUGAUGCUACUGUUCUUUAUACUUAUAAUAAAGAUUACAAUAAAUGUGGAACCGGAGGCUUGGGGGGUUGGAGAUAUGGGGCUACUACAGUUGCAAUUCAAUUAGGCUGUCUAAGUAAACAAUACGUUUUGGCGCAUGAAGUCGGGCACAACUUUGGAUGUCAACAUGAAGAAAGCAACGGUGACGACAAUGUUAAUGGUUUUGAAUACGGUCAUGGAACUUUUAUUGAAGGAACAGGGAGGAGAACAAUAAUGUGUCACUCUAAACCUGGAUACAGAUCCAAAGCAAACUUCUUCAGUGGACCUCAGCUAUCUUAUCAGGGAGUUCCAACUGGAGGCGCUUUUUAUGAUAACGCCAGGGUGAUUCGUGAGAACAGGUUUGCCAUGGCUGCUAUUGCAGAUGAGGUUGGAACCUGUAACAGUAUUCCAGUAGGUCACAAUUGAAAUCUGGAUUUGGC